AGGUUCUUCAGAUAUCUCUCUUGCUUUGCUUUCUCCAAACCAAACAAUCCAAAACAAUGGAGAAGAAGAAGAAACUCUCGCUUCUUCCUUUCUCUCCAUUUCUCCAUUUCCUUCUCAUCCUGGCCGCCCACCACUCCCUCAUCGAUGCUUCCACGAAUCCCGACGCGGAAUCCCUCCUCGCCUUCAAAGCCGGGUCCGACGCCUCCAACAAGCUCUCCUCCUGGAACGGGACUGCCGAUCCGUGCGUCUCCUGGUACGGCGUCUCGUGCUACCAGAACCGUGUAUCGCGUCUGGUCCUCGAGGGGCUUGACCUUAACGGCACCGUCCAGCCGUUAACGGCGUUAAGCGGGCUCCGUGUCCUCAGCCUCAAGAAGAACCAGUUCUCCGGACCCAUCCCCGACCUCUCCAACCUAACGGCGUUAAAGCUCCUCUUCCUCUCCUACAACGAUUUCUCAGGCGAUUUCCCGAUGUCCGUACUGUCUCUCGUCCGCCUUUACAGGCUCGAUCUCUCCCACAACAACCUGUCCGGUCAGAUUCCGGCGAACAUCAACCUUCUGUCCCACAUCCUCACACUCCGGCUUGAGGAGAACCGGUUCACCGGCUCGAUUUCCGGUUUAAACCUCCCGAACCUCCAAGACUUCAAUGUCUCGGGAAACCGGCUUACCGGCUCCAUCCCUAAAUCCCUAUCUGGUUUUCCGGAAACUGUCUUUGGUAGAAACUCGGUUUUGUGCGGUCCUCCGCUACCCCCCUGCCGGACCGUCGUCAGCGACCCGAGCCGGCCGGAUAACGGCGUUAAGACGCCGCCAAGUCCGUUAUACGGAGCCUCCCCGACGGUCGUUUCCUCCACCCCGAGCUCAAAGCCCGAGGUAACGACAGCAGCGCCGGGGACCCACCGGGUCGGGGGCGGCAAGAUGAGUCGACUCGCCCUGAUCGCCAUCGUUGUGGGCGAUCUGUUCGUGCUCGUGCUGGUCUCCGGCCUCCUCUUCUGCUGCUUCUGGAAGGGUUUCAGGAAGCCGAGGAGCGGCGGGAAGGGGUCGUCGAGGAUUCUAGAAGGGGAGAAGAUCGUGUACUCCUCGAGCCCGUACCCGCCAUCGCAGGGCGGUUUUGAGAGGGGGAAGAUGAUUUUUUUCGACGUGUCGAAGCGGUUUGAGCUGGAGGAUCUUCUCAGGGCGUCGGCCGAGAUGCUUGGGAAAGGCGGUUUUGGGACGGCUUACAAGGCGAUUUUAGAGGACGGCAAUGUGGUGGCGGUGAAGAGGCUGAAGGAGGUGGCGUUGUGCGGGAAGAGGGAGUUCGAGCAGCAGAUGGAGCUUUUGGGGAGGCUGAAGCACCCGAACAUCGUAGGACUGAAGGCUUUUUACUAUGCUCGGGACGAGAAGCUGCUGGUGUACGAGUAUAUGCCGAACGGGAGUUUGUUCUCUCUGCUGCACGGCAACAGAGGUCCUGGCCGGACUCCGUUGGAUUGGACCACCAGGAUGAAGAUUGCAGCUGGUGCGGCCCGUGGGGUCGCCUUCAUCCACAAUGCCUGCCGUGCGCCCAAGCUCUCCCACGGCAACAUCAAAUCCACCAAUGUCCUCCUUGACAAGGCCGGCAAUGCACGCGUCUCCGACUUCGGACUCUCUGCCUUCUCUGCCAUGGUGCCAAAAUCCAACGGUUACCGUGCACCAGAAAUAUCUGAUGGCCGGAAGUUCUCUCAGAAGGCUGAUGUGUAUGCCUUCGGCGUGCUGCUGCUUGAGCUGCUGACAGGCAAGUGCCCGUCCUCGCCGGACAACACUAGCGGCGGUACCAUUUUGGACCUUCCAAGGUGGGUCCAGUCGGUGGUGAGGGAGGAAUGGACGGCGGAGGUGUUUGAUCUGGAGCUCAUGAGGUACAAGGACAUUGAGGAAGAGAUGGUAGGGAUGCUGCAGAUUGGGAUGGCGUGCACUUCGUUGGCGCCGGAUCAACGGCCCAGGAUGGGCCAAGUAGUGAAGAUGAUUGAAGAGAUACGUGGGGGUGGAGGGGACCUGUCCCCAUCCCAUGAUUCGUUCGACUCGGUGUCUGACUCGCCGUCCGUGUCGGAAGAUGCCGGUGGGGUGAGCCAGUGAUGGUGUGGAACUUCAGUGCCACCUGAUCAACGGCGCAGGAUGUGCCACGUGGUGAGUGAAGAGAUCAGCGGCUGGGUCCGUGACUCGUUUGACUCGGUGUCCGACUCGCCACCUGGGUUAGAAGAAACUGGUGGUGGUUGUCAGUGAUCAAAAAUGGAAGAGAAGGUGAGAUUUUCUAUUUAAAAUGGUUAACUUUGGAAGUGAGGGUGUAAAGAUUUGUUAGGAAAGGUGUGUUUGGUUGAUGUUGGUGUGCCAUGGAAAGCUUUGAGGUGAAGAUUUUAUACAUAUCUCGAUGUCCAAACGCAUUUUGUCUUGAUAUCUGGAUAAUUGAUGCCCUUCAUCCGUACUCUCAUUCGAU